AAUUGAUUUUAUGUCAUAUUUGGAGGUCUUGUGACGGCGCAACAUUUGAACUACAUAAUUCCGAUAAAAUUUGCGGAGUAGAAAGAAACCGUUAAAAAUGUGUUAUAAAGCUUUAAUAUAAUAAUUGUUGAAUAAAUUAAGAUUUGGAAAAAUUUAUAGUGUGUAAUACCGAAACUAAAUAAAAAUGAGCAUAGACCUAACCAAGCCUCGAUAUGACCAGAGCUCAUAUAUGGGCAGAGCGAAGCACUUUCUGCUGCUCACUAACCCUCUCAAUGCGUUCGCGACCACGGAACAACUGGAUGAGGCGAAGAAAGUCGUUACCGAGUUCAAGCGCUCGCACAAAAUGCCGGCUGGCUACGACAUAGACAAGCUAUGGGCGGCAAAGUACUUAUACGAUAGCGCGUACCACCCGGACACGGGCGAGAAGAUGUUCGUGCUUGGACGGAUGGCUGCGCAAGCGCCGAUGAACACUAUUAUCACUGGAUGUAUGAUAACGUUCUACAAAACUACAGCUGCUACAGUUUUCUGGCAGUGGGUGAAUCAGACGUUUAACGCGCUGGUAAAUUAUACCAACCGAGGAGGGGAUGCCCCUAUGUCUAUGACACAAUUAUUGGGUUCGUAUUGCGCCGCGUGUGGAGGCGCCUUAAGCACCGCUCUCUACCUCAACAGUAAAGUUAAGAACAUGAGCCCCAUCUACGCGAGCCUUGUGCCGUUCGCUGCUGUGUGUGGAGCUAACUUUAUAAACAUUCCUAUGAUGAGGAGUGGGGAGCUGCUGAACGGCACGCCAGUAUUCACGCCGGACGGCAAGCGCGUGGGCGAGUCGAAGGCUGCGGCGCGCUACGGGAUCAGCCUCGUGAUAUUCUCGCGCGUGCUUAUGGCACUGCCCGGCAUGACGGUGACGCCAAUAAUAACGAACAUAGCCACCCGGCGUGGUCUAUUCUGCCGACAUCCAAAGGGUGUGAUCCCGUUCCAACUGUGUCUGGUCGGUCUGUGCGUCACGUUCGCGACGCCGCUGUGCUGCGCGAUAUUCGAUCAGCGCGCGACGCUCAGUGUUUCCAGCUUGGAUCCGGAGCUUAGGGACUUCAUGAAAAAGAACUACCCGAAAGUGGACCACGUGGUUUUCAACAAGGGCUUGUAAACUGCCUUCGCAAAAUUUGUUAUACUCUGUUAUGGAAUUGUCCACAAACCUUUGUACAAGUGAAACUCCUUAAAUUAUGAAAUUUUUCAGCUGUUUGUUAGUACAGUUAUAGGCAUUUAUUUAUAAUUCCAAUUUAAUUUAUAGCAUUCCUUUUUAGUGUGAUUUUUAUAUAGACAAUCUUUACAUUGUUUUUCGCACGUAAAGAUCGUAUAUUUAAUAAUUUAAUAGAAUUUGAUCUGGUAUGCAUUCCUUUUAAAUAUAGUUUUAAAAUAUUAUUUUGUAUUGUUAAUUUUUGUAUCAUGUUUUAAUUUUAUAUUUUUUGUACCGCUCAAUGUUUUGGGUUGUGAUAUAUUAUUUUGAUCUGAUAUAUUAUGUGGAAUAUAUUUAUUUAUUAUUAGGACGAAAUAAGCAAUACCUACGGCGUAUAAAAUAUUCCGGUAUACUUAAGAACUGUGGAAUUUAAGCCAAUGUUUUUUACAUAACAGCAAAAAAAAAUUAAUAAUUGGACUUAUAAAUUCCUAAGUAUGACAUGGCAACACUAUCAUAUGUUACUACAUAGAACGUUUGUGUUAUCUGUAUUUGACUUACUUUAUUAUCUGUGCUUCGGGCUUCGAUUUGGCGCCAUUAUUAUUGAAAUAAUAUUUUGAUUUAUAAAAAUUGCUUUAUUUACCUACAUACCAAAAAUUAAUAUAGUUAUUUAUAAUAUUGUCAAUUAUUAUGUGUAAAGACAAUAAUACCUGUUACUGUUUUCUGUUGCAAAUUUUAUGCGUAGAAAGUAGAAAGUGUGAAAUGUACAAAAUGAAAUAAAUGAAUGAAUAUUA